AUCUACACUUCAGAAACAACAACAGUUGCUUCCAGUACUCCUUCAGAAACAACAGUACUCUCAGCAACUGAAACUACCCCAGCACCAACAACUACCGAGACCACAGUUCCCUCAACAACCACAGAAUCUACUACUUCAGAAACAGCAACAGUUUCUUCCAGUACAACUUCAGAAACAACAGUACCCUCAACACAUGAAACUACCUCUGCAACUACAGAGACCACAGUUCCCUCAACAACCACUGAAUCUACUACAUCAGAAACAACAACAGUUGUGUCCAGUACAAUCUCAGAAACAACAUUAACUUCAACAACAGAAACUACCACAGUACCAACAACUACAGAUGCCUCAGUUCCCUUAACAAGCACAGAGUCUACAACAUCUGGAACAACAGUUGCUUCCAGUACAACUUCAGAAACAACAUUAGCCUCAACAACAGAAACUACCACAGUACCAACUACUACAGAGACCACAGCUCCCUCAACAACCACUGAAUCCACUACUUCAGAAACAGCAACAGUUGCUUCCAGUACAAUUUCAGAAACAACAUUAGCCUCAACAACAGAAACUACCACAGUACCAACUACUACAGAGACCACAGUUCCCUCAACAACCACUGAAUCCACUACUUCAGAAACAACAACAGUUGCUUCCAGUACUCCUUCAGAAACAACAGUACCCUCAGCAACUGAAACUACCCCAGCACCAACAACUACCGAGACCACAGUUCCCUCAACAACCACAGAAUCUACUACUUCAGAAACAGCAACAGUUCCUUCCAGUACAACUUCAGAAACAACAGUACCCUCAACACAUGAAACUACCUCUGCAACUACAGAGACCACAGUUCCCUCAACAAUCACUGAAUCUACUACAUCAGAAACAACAACAGUUGCUUCCAGUACAAUUUCAGAAACAACAUUAGCCUCAACAACAGAAACUACCACAGUACCAACUACUACAGAGACCACAGCUCCCUCAACAACCACUGAAUCUACUACUUCAGAAACAACAACAGUUGCUUCCAGUACUCCUUCAGAAACAACAGUACCCUCAGCAACUGAAACUACCCCAGCACCAACAACUACCGAGACCACAGUUCCCUCAACAACCACAGAAUCUACUACUUCAGAAACAGCAACAGUUCCUUCCAGUACAACUUCAGAAACAACAGUACCCUCAACACAUGAAACUACCUCUGCAACUACAGAGACCACAGUUCCCUCAACAACCACUGAAUCUAUUACAUCAGAAACAACAACAGUUGCUUCUAGUACAAUUUCAGAAACAACAUUAGCCUCAACAACAGAAACUACCACAGUACCAACUACUACAGAGACCACAGCUCCCUCAACAACCACUGAAUCUACAACUUCAGAAACAGCAACAGUUCCUUCCAGUACAACUUCAGAAACAACAGUACCCUCAACACAUGAAACUACCUCUGCAACUACAGAGACCACAGUUCCCUCAACAGCCACUGAAUCUACUACAUCAGAAACAACAACAGUUGCGUCCAGUACAAUCUCAGAAACAACAUUAACUUCAACAACAGAAACUACCACAGUACCAACAACUACAGAUGCCUCAGUUCCCUUAACAAGCACAGAGUCUACAACAUCUGGAACAACAGUUGCUUCCAGUACAACUUCAGAAACAACAGUACCCUCAACAACUGAGACUACCCCAGCACCAACUACAGAGACCACAGUUCCCUCAACAACCACAGAAUCUACUACUUCAGAAACAGCAACAGUUCCUUCCAGUACAACUUCAGAAACAACAGUACCCUCAACACAUGAAACUACCUCUGCAACUACAGAGACCACAGUUCCCUCAACAACCACUGAAUCUACUACAUCAGAAACAACAACAGUUGCUUCCAGUACAACUUCAGAAACAACAGUACCCUCAACAACUGAAACUACCCCAGCACCAACAACUACCCAGACCACAGCUCCCUCAACAACCACUGAAUCUAUUACUUCAGAAACAACAACAGUUGCUUCCAGUACUCCUUCAGAAACAACAGUACCCUCAGCAACUGAAACUACCCCAGCACCAACAACUACCGAGACCACAGUUCCCUCAACAACCACAGAAUCUACUACUUCAGAAACAGCAACAGUUCCUUCCAGUACAACUUCAGAAACAACAGUACCCUCAACACAUGAAACUACCUCUGCAACUACAGAGACCACAGUUCCCUCAACAACCACUGAAUCUACUACAUCAGAAACAACAACAGUUGCUUCCAGUACAAUUUCAGAAACAACAUUAGCCUCAACAACAGAAACUACCACAGUACCAACUACUACAGAGACCACAGCUCCCUCAACAACCACUGAAUCUACUACUUCAGAAACAACAACAGUUGCUUCCAGUACUCCUUCAGAAACAACAGUACUCUCAGCAACUGAAACUACCCCAGCACCAACAACUACCGAGACCACAGUUCCCUCAACAACCACAGAAUCUACUACUUCAGAAACAGCAACAGUUCCUUCCAGUACAACUUCAGAAACAACAGUACCCUCAACACAUGAAACUACCUCUGCAACUACAGAGACCACAGUUCCCUCAACAACCACUGAAUCUACUACAUCAGAAACAACAACAGUUGCGUCCAGUACAAUCUCAGAAACAACAUUAGCUUCAACAACAGAAACUACCACAGUACCAACAACUACAGAUGCCUCAGUUCCCUUAACAAGCACAGAGUCUACAACAUCUGGAACAACAGUUGCUUCCAGUACAACUUCAGAAACAACAGUACCCUCAACAACUGAAACUACCCCAGCACCAACAACUACCCAGACCACAGUUCCCUCAACAACCACAGAAUCUACUACUUCAGAAACAGCAACAGUUCCUCCCAGUACAACUUCAGAAACAACAGUACCCUCAACACAUGAAACUACCUCUGCAACUACAGAGACCACAGUUCCCUCAACAACCACUGAAUCUACUACUUCAGAAACAGCAACAGUUCCUUCCAGUACAACUUCAGAAACAACAGUACCCUCAACACAUGAAACUACCUCUUCAACUACAGAGACCACAGUUCCCUCAACAACCACUGAAUCUACUACAUCAGAAACAACAACAGUUGCUUCCAGUACAAUUUCAGAAACAACAUUAGCCUCAACAACAGAAACUACCACAGUACCAACUACUACAGAGACCACAGCUCCCUCAACAACAACUGAAUCUACUACUUUAGAAACAGCAACAGUUCCCUCCAGUACAACUUCAGAAACAACAGUACCCUCAACACAUGAAACUACCUCUGCAACUACAGAGACCACAGUUCCCUCAACAACCACUGAAUCUACUACAUCAGAAACAACAACAGUUGCGUCCAGUACAAUCUCAGAAACAACAGUACCCUCAACACAUGAAACUACCUCUGCAACUACAGAGACCACAGUUCCCUCAACAACCACUGAAUCUACUACAUCAGAAACAACAACAGUUGCUUCCAGUACAAUUUCAGAAACAACAGUACUCUCAGCAACUGAAACUACCCCAGCACCAACAACUACCGAGGCCACAGUUCCCUCAACAACCACAGAAUCUACUACUUCAGAAACAACAACAGUUCCUUCCAGUACAACUUCAGAAACAACAGUACCCUCAACACAUGAAACUACCUCUGCAACUACAGAGACCACAGUUCCCUCAACAACCACUGAAUCUACUACAUCAGAAACAACAACAGUUGCGUCCAGUACAAUCUCAGAAACAACAUUAGCUUCAACAACAGAAACUACCACAGUACCAACAACUACAGAUGCCUCAGUUCCCUUAACAAGCACAGAGUCUACAACAUCUGGAACAACAGUUGCUUCCAGUACAACUUCAGAAACAACAGUACCCUCAACAACUGAAACUACCCCAGCACCAACAACUACCCAGACCACAGUUCCCUCAACAACCACAGAAUCUACUACUUCAGAAACAGCAACAGUUCCUUCCAGUACAACGUCAGAAACAACAGUACCCUCAACACAUGAAACUACCUCUGCAACUACAGAGACCACAGUUCCCUCAACAACCACUGAAUCUACUACAUCAGAAACAACAACAGUUGCGUCUAGUACAAUCUCAGAAACAACAUUAGCUUCAACAACAGAAACUACCACAGUACCAACAACUACAGAUGCCUCAGUUCCCUUAACAAGCACAGAGUCUACAGUAUCUGGAACAACAGUUGCUUCCAGUACAACUUCAGAAACAAUAAUACCCACAACAACUGAAACUACCCCAGAACCAACAACUACAGAGAAUACAGUUCCCUCAACAACCAAAGAAUAUACUAUUUCCGAAACAACAACUAUUUCUUCCAGUACAACUUCAGAAACUGCAGUACCCAUAACAACUGAAACUACCCCAGCAGCAGCAACUACAGAGACCACAGUUCUCUCAACAACCACAGCAUUUACUACUUCAGAAACAAUAGUUACUUCCAGUACAACUUCAGAAACAACAGUACCCACAACAACUGGAACUACCCCAGCACCAACUACUACAGAGACCACAGCUCCCUCAACAACCACUGAAUCUACUACUUCAGAAACAACAACAGUUCCUUUCAGUACAACUUCAGAAAUAACAGUACCCACAACAACUGAAACUACACCAGCACCAACUACUACAGAGACCACAGUUCCCUCAACAACCACAGAAUCUACUACUUCAGAAACAUCAACAGUUACUUCCAGUACAACUUCAGAAACAACAGUACCCACGCCAACUGAAAGUAACCCAACACCAACCACAAAGACUGCAGUUCCCUCAACAACCAUAGAAUCUACUACUUCAGAAACAAUAACAGUUCCUUACAGUACAACUUCAGAGACAACAUUACAGUCAACAACUGGAACUACCCAGGCCUCAACAACCACAUCUGAAACAAAUUUUUCUGCAAAUGCAGAAAUUACAGUAACAUCAACUACUGAAAUUACCCAGGCAUCAACAUCUACAGAGACCACAGCUCCAUUAACAACUGAGACCACACAGGCCUCAUCAGCCACAAUGUCUACAGCACCAGAAACAACAAAAGUUCCUUUCAGUACAACUGCAAAAACAACAGUAGCCUCAUCAAAUGAAACUACACAGACAUCAACAACUACAGAGAAAACCGUUCCAUUAACAAUGACUGGAACAGCACCUGUUACAAACUCCACAGUAGAAACGCAAACACCAUUAGCUGCAUUUUCAACUGCUAAAGGGACUACAUCUGGGUCCACAACAGUGGCAACUACAGAAACAACUACCAUAUCUUCAACAUCAACUAUUUCUCCAACUGCUAUGGAAACCACAGGCUCUUCAGCAACUGAAAAGAUGCUAGUGACUUCAGCAACAUCAGAGACUUUAAAAAUCACAGAAAGUAAAACAAUGCUUUCAACAAUUGCAGCUACACACACAGUUCUUGAAGCUACACAAGUUUUAACAUCUACAGAAAGUACAAGUGACGCUGCUAAAACCACAGUUUCAUCAGCAGCUGUAACUACAGAAGUAACAAUAGCUACUGAAGCUGUCAUGGUUCCAGAAACAAUAACUGUCCCAACAAGCACAACUUUGGAAACUACAAUACUUACUAAAAGUACACAUGCCACAACAAUUAUAGAAUCCACAGUUCUAUCAACAACUGAACCCCCAGGGUCUUCAGCAACUACAGAAUCUAACACAGCAGGUUCCUCAAUAGCUAAAACUACACACACAUCAGAAACCACAAGUUCACCAAUAAUUGAAACAACACAAGGCUCAACAAAUACAGAUUCUACCACUACAACAGAAAUAACUUCUUUAGUGACAUCUUUAGAAACAAGUGUGUUAACAACUGGCACCAUAGAAUCUACAAAAUAUACAACUUCUUUAGGUGCAGCUUUGGAAACAAGUGCAUUAACAAGUGAAACCACAACACCUACAAUAGUUGUUUCAACAAUACCUGAAACAACAACAGUUCCUUCAGAAACAACUGUAUUACCCUCAAUCACUGCAACUAUUCAUGCAUUGCCAUCUACAGAGACAGUAGUUCCAUCAAUGGCAGUGACAUUAACAACUCUCAAAUCAGCAACAGAGACAUCAAGCUCAACUGCAGAAACCACAGUAUUUACAACAGCUAUUUCAGCAAAAUCUGAAACAACAGAAUUUCCUACAUCUGGAACAACAAUAAUAGCGCCAUCAAGCUCAAUAGCAAGCACAGUUUCAUCAACAGCUGAGACAACAGAGGGUCAAACUAGAGAACAAACUGCAAUGGCUACAACAUCAGAAACAACAACAGUUCCAUCAAGCACAGCUACAGAGGUGUUGUCUAUUUCCUUCAGAUCUGAAACAACAACGUUGCCUUCAAGCGAUACUUCAAAAAUGAUAAUACCCUCAGCAGCUGAAACUACACAAGCCUCAGAAACAACAAGUUCAUCAAUUAAAACAGCACAGGCCUUAACAACUACAGAGUCUACAACAAUACUUUCAACAAUAUCAGAAGCAACAGUUCCCUUAAGUGAAACCACUACAGAAUCUCAAAUAACAUCAGAAGCAACAGCAAUCAGAAGCACAGCUAUGGAAACAAGUAUAUUUACAACUAAAACCACAGAGGCCUCAACUACCACAGCACCAUCAUCAGUUGUUUUACCAAUAUCUGAAACAACACCUUUUCCUUCAGGCACAACUGUAUUACCCUCAACCACUGAAAAAAAUAAUGUCUCAGUAUCUACAGAGACAGCAGUUCCAUCAACUGCAGGGACAUUAACAAAUCUGGAAUCAGCAACAGUUUUUUCCACAGCUGUAAACACAAUAACAAUACCAUCAAGCACAACUGCAGAAACCACAGUACCUACAACAGCUAUUUCAACAAUAUCUAAAACAACAACAGUUCCUUCAGCAAUAUCUGAAAAAGCAGCAGUUACUUCAGGCACAACUUCAGUACCCUCAACAAUUGAAACUACACAUGCCUCAACAUACACAGAGACAAUGCCAUCAAUAGCAGUGACUUCAAAAACUUUAGAAUUAACAACAGUAGUUUCCACAUCUUUAAGCACAACUAUGGAAACAAGUGCAUCAACAACUGACACCACAGAGGCCUCAACUACCACAGCACCUACAUCAGUUGUUUCAAAAAUAUCAGACACAACUGUAUUACCUUCGACCACUGAAACUAUUCAUGCCUUAACAUCUACAGAAACAACAGGUCCAUCAAGCACAGCUGCAGGAACCACAGUACCUACAACAGCCAUUUCAACAGUAUCUGAAACAACAGUAGUUCCAUCAGGUACAACUUCAGUGCCCUCAACCACUGAAACCACACAUCUCUCAACACACACAGAGACAACUCCAUCAACAGCAGUAACCUCAAAAACUUUGGAAUCAACAACAGCAGUUUCCACAUCUGGAAUAACAAUAACAGUGCCAUCAAGCACAACUGGAGAAACUAACAUUUCAUCAACAUCUGAGACAACUACAGAACCAACAACAAAAGUUUCUACAAAAAUAGCAACAUCAGAAGCAACAAUUUUCUUCACCCUAAUUGCAGAAACCACUACUACAGUGGUAUCAACCACUACAGUAUCUCCAACUGCGGUUACACCUUCAAACAGAACUACAGAUACAAUGAAUGCACUAAUAACUGGAACUACAGAGGCCUCAGCAAGCACAAAAGCUACAACAGUAGUUUCAAAAAUAUCAGAAACAACAGUUCCUACAACAAUGCUUUCCACAUCUAAAACAGCAAGUCAUUUAAAACCAGUUGCAGAAACUACAGCUCAGUUAACUUCCGAGACAUCGCCAUCCAUCGACUCUGCAAUAACAAUUUUACAUACAUCUACAGUUCCUCCAAGUGCAAUUAAAGAAACAAGUACAUUACAAAUUGAAAAUACAGAGGGCUCAACAACCACAGAGUCUACAAUAGUGGUUUCAAAAACAGAAACAACAAAAACUCAAUCAAGCAACAUUUUAGAUACCACAUUACCUCCAAUGACUGAAAUUACACCAGCUUUGGUCUUCACAAGUACCACUGCUGAAGCCACCAAAAUGUCAACAACUGUAACUGCAGAAGUAACUACUGCCACAAAAAAUUUAACUGCAAUGUCAACUACAUUAAAAACAGUUCCUUCAAGUCCAACUGCAGAAACAGUAGUUCCUUUAUCAAGUGAAACAGCCCAGACCUUGAGAGCAACAGAAACUCCAGUACCAUCAGUUAUGAAAACCACAGAGGCUGUAACAAAUAUACAGUCAACAGCAGUGGUUUCCACAACAUCUGCAAUAACAACAGUCCCUUCAAGAAGUUUAACUACAGAAUCAUCAGGAAAUAUAAAAAAUACAACUUUAGAAAGUAUAAUUACAUCAUCAAUUCAAACAUCUCAGGCUGCAACACCUGGAGCAACAACAGUUCCUUCAACAACACUGGAGACAGCAGCUGUGCCUUUGAAAACAACUAUAAUAGCCAAAGAAUCUUCUGUAGCAACUACAUUAACCACACCAACUUUACCAGUUUUACCCAUUACAAGUACAGCAGCAGGAUCUCAGGCAUCAUCGACUGCUUCAUCAGUUGGAGUUAAUACAACUACCAUGAAAACAGUAUCUACAACUAUACCACCACAAACAGCAAUGAGCACAGCAGGAACUACAGCUUCACCCAUUACAAGUAAAGCCGCAGGAUCUCAGGCAUCAUCAACUACAUCACCAGCUGGAAUCAAUACAACUACCAUUAAAACAUUAUCUACAGCUGCACCCACAACAUUAAUGAGUACAGCAGUGACAGAGCCUCCUGUGAAUGCAGUCACCCAAGCUCCAGUGCAAACAGUACAAACAAAAGAUAUAGCUAUUAAUUGUACUUUCACUAGCUUAUCCUAUUCUAAUGAUUUAGGGACGCAGAAUUCUGCAGAAUUCAACUCUACUGCUGCUGAUAUCAUUGCCUUGCUGGAUGCUGCCUUCAGGAAUAGCACAAUUGGAAGCAAAUAUAGGAACUGUAAAAUUGAUAACUUUAUGUCUGCUUCACAGGGCACCAAAGUAAAUUCUAUCUGCAGCAUCAACAACGAAACAACUGGACCACAGUUUGACAUAGUGGUCUUCUAUGGAGAGCUUGAAGCUGUAACGAACAACGUGACACAGUGGGGAAAAUACAAACUUGACAAGAAUAGUCUUUUUGUUAAUGGUUACCAGAAACCUACAACAACUUUAAUACCAACGACAACAACUAAGCCAACUACAACAACUAUAAAAACAGCCAGCACCCCUGGACAAAUAUUGGGGCCAAAGCCAUUCUUCCUGAAUUUUACGAUCACCAACCUCGACCAUAGCAGCACUCUAGAAAAUAAGGAUUCUGCCAAUUACAGCCUCAACAAAAACAACAUUGACAAAUUGUUGAAUGAAGCCUUUAAUAAAAGCAUUUUAAAGAACCGCUUUGAAAACUGCACUGUUACUGCAUUCAGGCCAACUCCAAAAUCACCUUUCACAACUACUGAAGCAAUAUGCAUCUUCAAUGUUGAUCUUUUGGCCAAGGGCAUUGAUAAUCAAUACAUUAAAGAUGUUUUCCUUAAUGAAACAGAAAAUGGAGUCCGUCUGGGCAUUUAUACUUUGGACAAAACAAGCAUAAAUGUUGCCGGUUACACUGCAGAUCAAGCAACCACUACUACCAUCGUGACUACCACAGUUCCAUCUCUUGCUCCUGGCGAUAAAGGCUAUGACAUCAGUUUUACGAUAUACAAUGAUUUUGUGCCCAGUGAUCCUGUAGAGUUUGAGAAGAAGAGACUGCUAAUAGAAGAAGAGCUGAAUACGCUUUACCGGAAUAGUGCGCUUAGCAAAAAAUUUAAAUUCUGCAAAGUUUCGGCAAUGAGAAAUGGAUCCAUUAUUCCUUCAUGUGGGUGUUACUUUGAAGAUGACCCAGCUGUAACAAUAGACAGUGUGAGAAAAGAGUUUUUCGAUGGGACCAAAAAUGGAACUCUCCUGGGAAAAUCCUUUAAACUUAAUAACAUUUCUAUUCAAGAAAUGUCCACAACAAAUGAAUUACCAUUUUGGGCCAUCAUCCUGAUAUGCCUGGCUGUACUUUUGGGCCUCAUAUUGCUGUUCCUCUUUAUCUUCGUGCUGGUAUUUUUCCUACGAAAACGAAAAGGCUCUUUUGAUGUACGAGAUACGAGUAUUUAUGGAACCUAUUUCCCUCAUCUCGACAUGCGGAAUUACAACUGAUGGAUUUUCAGACUACGCCUAUGAAUCUAUUAAAAAAAACCUAGCAACUUGUGUUUUAUCCCCUGAAGGACUGAAAUCGGCAUUUUAGAUGCUACAACUGAAUCAGCUUGUUAUAUGUAGUACAUUGCUAAUCGGUAACCCUUGAAACAACAGCAGCCCUCUCUUUGAUUUAUAUCUCUGCAGCUUUAAAAUUCCAAGUGAAUAAUGCUUGAAAGACAGGAGAAUAAAGAGAAGGGUUAACUGUGCCAUACUCAGGAGCCAUAAAGGAAAUGCUGCUUUUACAGACAUCUAGCUGGUUCGCUGGCGGUCUGGCUUAGAUGAUUGUGCUUUGGCACUUAUAGAAUAAUUGCACUAUUUAACCAAGUCCCAUUAAGGUCUUUACUAUUGUAUUUAUUUAUAGAUGGAUAAUUGUUUUUUCUAGACUUUAUUAAUAUAUUGUGAGAUUUACCAAUGUAGGGAGUGUCUGAGGUUUGUGGGAUAAAUACUCUCAUAUCUCAACACUUCAUUUUAGUCAUUACUUUUGAAACAUAUUAAGUACAGAUAAGCACAUUUUUAUAUAAUCAGUUGAAUGCUGGUACAGCUAGCAUGAACGAAUGAAAGGAAAAUGAUAACCCCAGCUUUAGUAUUUCUCCAUAGUUUCAUGUUUAAUCACACAUUGCUUCUGUGUGUAUCAAGAAUUUUCCCCACUGUCUAAGCAUACGUUUUACAUAAGAAGUAAGAAAAGUUUAUAAGAAAAAGCAGUUGGAGGACAUUACUAUAUACUGUGGUAUAUGCUGCUCAGGUGGAACAUCUGAUUUAUCUUAUUUCCAGUUCCAUUUUACAUUCAUCUGUAUCAUGUGUGGCAAGUUAUUCUUAUUUUAGUGAGGAAAAUGGUGUUAAAAGGGAACUGCCAGUCCAAUAAUCAAGUUAUUUCACACUUUUUCUGUGUGUAUGUAGCUGUUUUACACUUUUGGAACUGCUUAUUAUUUCUUUUAAGUAAUUAUUUUCAACUUUAAUAUAUGGCUCAUCUGCAAGUUGAGAGUUAUGUAUAAGCUUGUUCAUGGCCGUCAUCAGAAAUCUUGGGAGCCCAUACAACUACAUACCCGGCCCCACCCAACAGAGCAACAGGCCCUUUUUUAUGCACCAGUGGGACCCUGAUAUUUUACUGCUUGCUCCAUUGCUGGGGGUCCGAGCCCAUAUACUGCUGCAUAAUUAAAAGACAAAUUAAAGUAUUUGUCCAGGCCAAUGGGCUUAAAAGUUGCUGGUUUCUCUGCAGCAAUCCCAGCUAUCCCCACUGAUGGCGACCAUGGACAUUAUGAAAUGUAGCACUCAGAGGCUCCACUGCCAGAAAAUGGGCCUAAACAUCCUAUAACCCACUCUCUAUACAUUUGGUUCGUUACGUGCUAAGCUUAUAUUUAUUAAACUUAUAUUUAUGGUUUCAGUAUUAUAUAAAUAUAUAUGUACCCUCUCAAAAAACAUGAUUUCAUCAUGCAACAUAUUUAUAUUUAAAACUGUAAUUUUAAAGAAAUGUAUUUUUAACACUUUAGAUCAAAAUGCAUUAAUAAA